UGAUAAGUUUCCUGGUUCAGCCUGUUUACAUAUCUCACGACGAGGUCGAAUAGGACGCUCAGGCGCCUGAGUCGAACUUCCAGGUUCAUCACAGGCUUUCCCAAACCGCCUAGACAGCUUUUGACACUUUUUUUUGACAGCAACACCUUCAGCCUUUUCGGCUGGCUUCAGAGGUGGAAGGGAUGAAUCACCUCCUUUAAAGUCUGUUGCUUUGAACUCGUGCCCUUCCCGCAUUCGACGAACUAAGUUAUCUAUUCGGGGAUCGAUUACUUCUUUCUUCCACUUUGGAUCCCCACCUUCAUCUGGGAUUGAAUACGUAACAAUAACCUCAAACAAAGAACACAAACAUUCAUAAGUACACAAAGUUUGAGCGUCUUAACUUCUGUUUUGCAAAUAAGAUAGACAACAGCAUUGUACCUCUCUUUGGGUUUCCACCAGAAGUAUGUCUUCAAAAUUCAGAAGUGCAUUUGUUGAGUCGCAUCCUUCUGGUUCUUGCAAGAAAGAAGUGGUUUUAUUAGGUUCGGGAAUUUUCUCAAGCAAUGAGGGGAUAACUUUAAAAGCAAAAAGUUGCAGCGCCAGAGGGAACCCAUAACACGCUGUUGACUGCUGUUUCAAACGCAGGCGCAUGACCGAAAGGGAUUUAUCCAUUUUAGAAGGAUCAGAAGGUUGAGGUGGUGUCAACCUAGACAGAGUGCUGACGAAUGCCUCUCUCCCCCAUGGAUAUUGAAGAAAUGAUCUGGUGUCUUCCAGCAUCUGGACGUAAGCAGGCGUCACACGAAGAAGUUUGUGACCACAAACCAGGAGCCCAUCUACAAGCGCAAUGAGAGCUAGUGGCAACCGCUUCCACUCAGGAAGACUAGGCUGUUCAAGCAUACGAAGAACAUCUGGUACAGUCACGUCUUCAUCUUCAGUUUCAAACAACUCUUUCCACAUACGUCCAGGUGUGGCAUCGAUAGAUUCUGACCCGUUUCCAACUUUUUUCCUUUCAGGCUCGCAUUUCAGCCCUGUGAUGUCUCCGAACUCACGUAGAGAAAAGCGUAGUGGCUUGUCUGCAAACAAGAACUAGAGCUCAUAUAGGCGCAUCGUAACCAGCUGACGGCUUAGGAGAGAAUGUACAAGUUUCGCAGAGUUUGAGCAGCGCGAUACAGGUAAGUGGAACAGAGCUCCAAACUGACUUCCUAGCAGACAAUUCAUUUCAGGGGAGCCUCUUAGCAACUUCACUAACGAUCCAAUGAUACUCGCCUUUGAAUAGAUGUUCAGUCGAGGUUUGCCAGGAUAGCAAUUACGUGCGAACAGUCUUUCCGGGAAAGUCGGCGUGGUGACAAUAAAUUCCGGCUCGGUGGAUGCAGCUUCGUCUUGUUCAGUGGAUGCAGCUUCUUCUUGGUCGGUGGAUGCAGGUUCCUCUACUUCGGACUCCGUGCUCAUUACUGAAAUACAAUGACCAAAUCCAGACAUUUACCCAACGCUUUAUUUUUAAAAAAAUUUCCCAAAGAAUUUCACAGCGAAGCUUAGCGAAAGGAGAUACCUGCAUAACCAGACGUAGUUUUGCCUUCUCGGGGAAUUUUCUUGCGAUUUGCUUCUUUAUCACUAGUGGAUUGACUACGAGUCACCCUCCUCGAGGGCGUUACACUGGAGGGGGAUACCAUGACGAUUUGGGUUCAGUCGAGGGUGGUUCUUAUGUGAGAAUCUUCUUAUGUUUGGUUCUCAAUUGCAGCUGUUUAGAGGUGGUUCUGGUAUAUUUUGAUGGGAGGUUUUUGUUUUUCUAAUUCUUUUUUAUUCUUUUCUUCUCUUUUUUGAUUUUUUAAAUAAAAAUUUCAAAGGUGGCAGGAUCGUAAUAUCAAGAACCACGCGUAUCCUCUGUCGACAUUUCACAAGUCUGGAAAAAGCGAUUUGCCCUAUUUACUAAUUUAAACUUGAAGUCACCCAACUCCUUAAUAUCAAACUUGCGAUUUGCCCAAUUUGCCAGUUUUUUCUAAAAUAAAACGGCAUCGCUCUCCCUCUUGACGUUAUAAAUUUCUGUGAUUUGUACGGCUUUCUUGCGACCUCUCCGCUUUUUACUCUACUUCGGUGUCAUUACUCAUUAUUCUACCAGAUCUCGAAGAGAACCCUAAAGUGUCUCAAUUUAUUAGAGUAAAGGUUCGGUUUUUUCAAUGGGUUCUUCAUCGGGGCAGCCCGAGUUUGAUUACCUGUUCAAAGUUUUGUUGAUCGGAGACUCUGGUGUUGGGAAAAGCUCCCUGUUGUUGAGUUUCACGUCCAAUACAUUUGAUGAUCUCUCUCCCACAAUCGGUGUGGAUUUUAAGGUCAAGUAUCUUACCAUUGGAGAGAAGAAACUGAAACUUGCGAUUUGGGAUACAGCUGGGCAAGAGAGAUUUAGGACACUAACAAGUUCGUAUUACAGAGGAGCUCAGGGCAUAAUAAUGGUAUAUGAUGUGACACGACGAGACACAUUCAAAAAUCUAUCAGAUAUAUGGGCUAAGGAAAUCGACCUCUACUCGACUAAUCAGGACUGCAUCAAGAUGCUUGUUGGGAAUAAAGUCGAUAAGGAGAGUGAAAGAGCUGUCUCUAAAAAGGAAGGCAUAGACUUUGCCUGGGAGUAUGGAUGUUUGUUUCUGGAGUGCAGUGCAAAGACUCGAGUCAAUGUUGAGCAAUGUUUUGAAGAGCUUGUUCUUAAGAUUUUGGAAACACCUAGUCUUACUACUGAAGGUUCGUCUGGAGGGAAAAAGAACAUAUUCAAACAAAAUCCAGCACAGACAAGCAGUACUUCAUCGAGCUACUGCUGCUCGUCUUAGACGUGACUUUACGGUUGUGACACUACUUUAAAUCUGGGAUCACUUAGUUGUCUUCAGAAAAAAGGUUCUUUUAACUUGAUCAUGCUGAAGAAAUAACUGAUGUAACUACUAGGUGGGAUCAAAAUCAGCCGAUGUUAAAAGUUAAAAUCACAUAAUACAACAAGACGUGUUUUUAAGGGUCUA